CGAGUAGGUAGAUUUGUUUCCACGGACAUGAGAUGGUGAUUUGCGGCGGCGUAUGUCUGGGGUGGAUGGGGGGAUGGGCUGAUUGUAUGUGUCUGGGUAUGUGUCUAAGAAUGCUCCGCAGGGGGUGAAAAUUAAGGAACGCUCUCUUUUGCGCGCAAGGAGAGGAGAAAGCGGGAGUGGGGGGUUUCCUAAAAGUCCUUCCGUUUGCAUCAUAUAAAUUUCAGGUACUUUUAGGCUUCUUCUUCCCGAUAUCCCAACCCCAUCGUCGUAGCACCUUGACAACUUUGGGCGUCACCGCUGCCGUCAGUGGGACUCGGAUGAAAAUGAAACUCUUGUGGAUGGCAUAAGCUAGGGCGAGUUGCGUCCAUAAACCUGACAAAAAAAAGAUGGCUUCGUUAGUUGGGACAAACUUUUCAGAAAAGCAGUUCAUGGUCGUCUCCUCCCCGCCCCAACACGACAAUUAGAGAUAUCUAUAUAAAAGGGAGACGAUGAUAUGACGUACUAGCCUCAGGUCCCGUAUUCCGCGCGUCAGCCUCCAAAACCCCAUGAUCAUACGAUUCGGCAUCCUCAGCUCCGCUGCUGAUGUCAGCACCCGCAAUCGCGACAUCGCCUCCUGCACUUCCUACUUUAUCAUCCGCGGGAACCCCGGCUAUUUCCUGUUUCCCCAUGGACGGCAGAACUGAGCCAAAAAUACUCUUAAACCCUUCCACAAGCACAUGUUCGUAGUGUCCAAUCCGUUCGACACCUAGUAGCCGCACGGCGAUGAAGCAAAAUGGGAAAUCAAGGGCAGAAAGGGUCAGGUAGACGCCUAGCGCGGCCCAGCCGUAUUCCCGGGAGAGCUUCUUCAUGCGCUGGGAGAAGCUGAGUUUCGGCGAGGAGGAAGAGGAAGAGGAAGAAGAGGAUGAGUUGCUGGAAUUCGACCGGCGCGGGGAGCGGGAUUGGAUUCUUGAUCUUAUGACAUUGUUGAGGAUGUUGCUGGCAUUUAAUCGAGGUCGUAGAGGGGUCGCAGAUAUGUGGAAGGGUCGGACAUGCGGCGGUUUCUUAAUCGGCAAGGACAGAGAUUGUUUGCCGGCUGUUCGUGGAGUGAGAGAUUGGAAUGUUGAGAAGGGGGUUGGGAGUCGUUUCAAGCUGCCUUGAAGGAACAGGUGGGAGGGUGGAGGCAUGGUUCGGUGUGUAGUAGUAGGGAGGCCUCUGUAUAUAUGAGGGGUUCAAAAAUCUCCCGCGAAUAGCCAAAACCUAAGCCCUGGCUGUGUUUGGCAGACUCAGGUAUUUUCUUUUUGUUUUGAUGAUGUCAAUCGCCAACAAUAUUCAAGGAAUAAAAAAAAGUGAGGCAGAGGAUUUGGAUAAAUAAAUAAUAAAAUACCUACUAGUUCCUGAAAAGAGAUUUGCUCCAUCCACAACAGGUAUUUCUGCGAAGAACAAGUCGGGAGAGAGCAGACUGCUAUGACAACUGCUAUGACACUCCCAAGAAUACUCCGAGCAUCCGCAUCAAUCAAGUCUGUGUCGCCGUGUUAUUUUAUGCUUCGAAUUUCCGCUUUCGACGCAAAUGCUUCCGGAUAUAUUUCACGUGAUGACGAGCCAGAGGUUGUCGAAUAGCGAUAGCGCUAGUCUAUAUCAGGCAUAGCGCCCGGUCACCAAAUUCCUCGCGGCUUCAAAUCGUCUCGAAAAGCUGCAUACUUGCGUUUGGUGUUGGGGAUAAAUGCUUCGAGUUCACUUUCAACCCGUGUCUUCCUCUCCUGGCUUCGACUGUCUGUCUUAACAGCCUUUAGCCAUGCCCCCGUGGCUACCAGGGAAGCAUGCGCUGCUGUCCCUCUCCACCUCAAUCCCCCGUCUCGCCAUCGAAAAUGUUCUGACCAAGAGGGCAUUUGGCAUCAAGUCCAUGUACCCGCCAAAAGCAGACCGUUUCAAUGUUGGUCCCAAUCUCCCCGUCCUUACAUCUCGUCCAUCGGUAGCCCAUCAGCGCAAAGCCGCCACCACCCCUCUACGAACCGGCGCCCUGGCCAUCAAAAAGGGAAUGACCGCAAUCUUCGAUCUAGAGACCGGCAAACGAAUCCCCUGUACUGUCCUCCAACUUGACCGGGUACAAGUCGUCGCCCAUAAAACCCUCAAGAAAAAUGGCUACUACGCUGUCCAGGUUGGUUGCGGUUGGAAACAUGAGCGCGCCGUCACACGACCCAUGUUGGGCCAUUUCGCAGCCAACGGCGUUGCGCCCAAGCGGCAUAUCCAUGAGUUCCGGGUCAAGGACGAAAACGGCCUAUUGCCCAUCGGAGAGACGAUCAAUGCGGAUUGGUUCCAGGAAGGCCAAUACGUCGACGCACGAUCAAAUAGUCGAGGAAUGGGAUUUGCAGGCGUCAUGAAGAGACAUGGUUUCCACGGUCAAGAUCGGAGCCACGGUGUGAGUUUGACCCAUCGUUCGAUGGGUUCAUCGGGUCCCGGUCAGGGUGGCGGUUCUCGUGUGUACCCAGGAAAGAAGAUGGCGGGUAACAUGGGUAAUGAGCGAGUGACGCAGCAAAAUCUGAAGGUACUGAAGGUUGAUGCCGAGAAGGGCAUUGUGGUUGUUAAUGGAAGUGUAAGCGGUCCGAAAGGCUGCAUCGUGAAAUUGCAGGAUGCAAUCAAAAAGCCGUGGCCAGAAAUUGCGCUGAAGCAAAGCGCCGGAGGAACUAAACAAGAGAGUUGAGAUAUAUAAAGCAUGUUUAAAUGUUCUUCCCUUCAUGUAUUAUUGUAUAAAAUUUAUCAAGAUAUUUUGUUUAAGGCGUACGAAUAGAUCAAAUUAGGUUCACUUUAUUUUUUUAUCCUUUUUUUAAAGAAAUGUCGAUGGUUCUUCCCUUUUGAGAUCUGACCAUUUGGUUAUUUUCGCUACUAGUUGAGUUGUUUCCAAAAAUCCCAAUGCUAUAUAGUACAGUACACUCAUUAAAUGCACACCCCCGAUAUGUAUAAAACUCCUGAACGCCACGCGAUGAAGCAAAGGGUACUGUAGGCACCGUUUCUCACCGGUUAAUGCACAUUGUCCUUUUUCAUAUCGACGUCUUCAAGUCAGUCGUAGUGUCGCCAGACAUCACAUUUUGGAAAGGGUCUCCUUGCGAUGCAUCCAAUAGCUGCACUACCGUGCCAUCCUCC